AUGAGCCAAGUUCUGCGAUACGUACAUAUCGAAGGAGAAAAAGUCGCUGUGGUAGAAUCUUUCAUUGACUUCUUCCAACCAAAAGGAAAAAAUGCAGAAGAUCUCAGCAACGAUAUAAUCGCGAAGAUAACAUCAGACGGACUGGACAUACAGAAUCUGAGAGGACAGGCUUAUGACAAUGCUGCCACAAUGUCAGGGAUCCACAAUGGAGUUCAAGCCCGGAUUAAAGCACUAAAUCCGAAAGCUCUAUUCGUUGCAUGCACAAACCACUCACUAAACUUGGCUGGGGUACACACUGCUUCUGAAUCAGUGAAUUCGGUGACGUUUUUUGGAAUUCUAGAGAAGCUAUUUGCCUUCUUUUCUGCAUCAACUGUUAGAUGGAACGCUUUGGUUGCCGUCACAGGUCAAGCAGUGAAACGAGUCACUGAAACGCGUUGGAGCGCUAGACAUGUAGCUGUCAAGAUGCUUAAAAAUAAGUUUGAGGGAGUUCUUGAGGUACUGGAACAAUUAACAGAUUCAUCUCAAACUUCCGAAACAAGAUCGGGAGCCAGUCUUCUCCUGACAGCCAUGCAGUCAUUUAACUUCCUAACUUUUCUUGGCUUUUGGGCUGCAGUGCUACCUGAAGUAGAUGACGCACAGAUUUACCUGCAGCAACGAGGACUAAGUGUGGAUAAGUGUGCUCAGAAACUCUGCGCUUUGAAAACCCUCUUAGUGGAAAGUAGAGACCGUUUAGUGCAAGAAGCAAUUGACUUUGCUAAGACUCUUUGCGAAAAACUCGGAAUCGAACUCAAAACGAGAAGAAUUCGCAGGAAAAAACGCAUGCAUGGCGAUGAAUCUUCUGCAGAUGCAGCUUUGUCUCACGAGCAGGAAAUCCGUCGAGAGGUGUUCGCAUCAUUGGACAAGAUCAUUCAAGAAAUGACGACUCGAUUCCAGCAAAUUCAAGAAAUAUCGGACAAGUUCGGAUUUUUGAUGCCAGCAAAACUUUUGGACAGCAAGUUCGAGUGUGAUCUUUCCCAUGUAUUAGAAGACAUCGACAAGGACGAGUUUCAGAUGGAGCGGAAGCGUCUCCAGCAAUUUAUUGCCUGUUCUGAAUCAGAGGAAGAUAUAAGUGGUAAAGGACCACUGGAGCUCCUCCAGUUCAUUCAAAAACUGAAUCUCGGAAUUUCGGUUCCAAAUAUAGUCAUCUUGAUUCGUAUAUAUUUGACUUUGGCGAUUAGUGUGGCAAGCUGUGAGAGAAGUUUUUCGAAGUUGAAGCUAAUAAAAAAUUACCUCAGAUCUACUAUGAGCUCCGCUAGAUUAUCAAACUUGGCUAUAUUGUCGAUUGAACAAGAAUUGGCUGCUAAUAUUGAUUUUGACAAAGUUAUUUCUGACUUCGCUGCUCAUAAGGCUCGUAGAAUCCGCUUGUAA